AUGGUGCCAUCAGAUGCCGCCUCCUCGCCGACCACCUUCAUUGACGUCCUCUUCGACUGGGCCUUCUCCUUCAUACAAAUGUUGUCGCAUUUGCUGAACGGAUACUUCACUGCGUUCUUCGUAUUCACUGGUUCGUUUUCUUUAGUAUUCUGGAAAAGAUCUUUGUCUCUUACUAGGCUCUCUUUUCUAUUUCUUUGAUUGACAAGUUCACUAAUUUUCCAGGAAUUGCUCUCAAUCUCCUUUCGGUCUCUAUAUUCUUGCGAAAGGAGCGAGCAGGGACGCCGGCAAUUCAGUAUUAUUUGGUAUGCCAAAACAAGAACUCAUAAUCUUUUAAGGAGUGUGUCCUUUGAAUCAUGCCAACUCUGUCAAUAGAGUUUGACACGUAACUUGUAGUAUGUCAUUGCUCAAAUUGCUUUCUUGUUCUUCAUUAGCAAUUUGAGUGAAUGUGUUAAUUGGAUGAGCUUUCGGAUGUAACUCGACACUUAUAUUUGUGGACAGUCAUCUGAUAAAUUUCCUGAACUUGAAACGAAAUGGAUUCAACUCUGGGACCAACCAUUUUUUUUCAGGUAACUCUAACCCUCUGGCAAACGGCACUUCUGGCCAACGCCUUCCUGCUCUACUCGUUCCCCAAUCUUUGGUGGGGUCAUUUGGUCUCGCAGGGAACGUACGUGUACCUUUACCCGUAUGUGUACACGUUCGCAAACACCACUCACACCGGAUCCGUAUGGAUUGUUUUGACACUGACUAUAGACCGCUAUUUGGCUCUGUGCCAGCCACUCAAACAUCGUGCAAUCGGAAAGAAACGGUGCGUGAAACAAAAUCAAGUGGGGGCCACCAGAGCGAGUCGAAACUAAAUUCCAUUUCAGAAGAGUCCGACGCCUCAUGAUUGCCGUCUCAAUUAUGGCCGUGUGCUUCUCGGUUCCGAGGUUUUUCGAAGUUCACGUCGUUUUCAUUUGUGAACAUCCGAUCUACUGCGUGGCCACUAUUGACCGCACGGAACUUUUUGAUGUAUGUCCGACAUGGAAAGAAAUUGAGCAUUAAAAGAAUAAAACAUUUUCAGAACCGUUUAUACUGGACAAUCUACCACGUCAUCCUAGCAAUGAUGUUCGUUACUCUACUUCCCUGUCUAAUAUUAUUUGCUCUAACAUUGCGAAUCUCAAUAGGUACCUACCUCCCUUAUCACCAGUGUAACAUUGCGCAACUCGUUCUCUUUUAGCGCUCCGAUCCGCUAUCGCAAAACGCAAAUCUUUAUGUGCACCCAAUUCGGACAUUGAAAGUCGAUGUAAAUCGAUAAAAUCAUCACGAUACAAUUCGUCAAGGUGAGUGGUGACGUCACAACACUUUAUCAUUUUGAUGUUCCAGAAAAGACCACAAAUCAAACAUAAUGUUAGUGUUGGUAAUUGCUAAAUUUUUGAUCUCCGACAUCUUGCCGACGGUCAUUGAUGUCCUAGAGCACGUAAGAGACCGUAGUACGUUUCGACAAAUCAUCAGGUUCACUUAAUUACAGGUUGUCGGCCAGUCAGCGUUCAUGAGAUCACCGCUGGCUUCCCUGUUCGUCGACAUUUCCAACUUCCUCAUCGUCCUGAAUUGCUCUUCAAACUUUUGGGUCUUCUUUGUCUGGGGAAAACGAUUCCGACGGUCUUGCCGGAAGUGUAUCAAGUCCACUCAGAUCGGAGCAUGCAUUUAUGAUAUGGCGCAGUGGAAUAAUGAUUCGGUAAGUCUACAGUAUCCUGGAAUGUGACUAUCAUUCGAAUAUUUUCAGGAAGUUUCUCUGUGCGGCGCACCAACUUCCUUUACAACUGUAAACGUCACGAAAGCCUAUGGUAGCACGGCGGAAAGGUCGUUUCGUUAUAAAAGAGGAAUGGAAUUAGUUGUAUCCAGGUAAGGCACCCCCUUCAAGAGAAUUUCGGAAAGCGGAAACGUUUUCCGCACACUCAUGCAUCCUAUGAAUAUACGUUUUAAUAUUUACAUGUUUCAGAACCGACGAGCUGUCUUCAAAUCCCAGUAGAACGUGA